AUGGCGCACGUGGACCGCGCGCAGUUGAACGACAUGAACCUGCAGGUGCUUAAGCGCCAGGACGCAGAUGUGACAGAGAUUGUGGAUACUGCAAGCCACGUCGUCAUGUACGAGUUUGACCAGGACGCACAGAGUUGGAAGCGGAAAGACGUUGAAGGUUGUUUGUUUGUUGUCAAAAGAUCUUCGUCACCGCGUUUUCAGAUCUUCGUGAACAACCGACUGAGCACAACAAACAUGACGCUAGAGCUGGACGGACGCCUCCAAGUAGACAAUGUCGAUAGUUUCCUUAUCCUCCGCAGCCCUGACUUGACGUACUCGUCGGGUUUUGCAAUCUACGGUGUUUGGUUCUUUCCUGAAGAGGAUCGUGCCAAGAUUCUACAGCUGUUACAAUCUCUUAUUCAGACGCUGAAAGCUCCACAGAGCGCUGCCAUUAUGAAUAGUACGCAACAACAGCCCGUGAAGACUCAGUUGCCGCCUCAGAUGCAGGCAAAGGCGAAACAGCUGCAGACGACACAGCCCACGCAGCAGCGGAACCAGCAGCAGGAGCGUCCUCCGUCGCAAUCGCGUACUCGGGGACGUUCACGCAAUAAACUGGACGAUGUAAAGCGUCGCAUCUCCAGUGUAAACACCCCCACCGCGAUCUUGCAGCGAUCUUCGAAGGGCACGCGAAGCAACAGCAGCAGUAGUGGCAGUAGCACAAACGGCAUGGCUAAGCAGGAAAAUACCCCAGUGGUUGCCAACUCGAGUGGCAUGGUUCCUAUUUCGAAGGUGGAAGGUAUUGCUGCGGGUGAGGCCAUUAUGGGUAUGAUCUCGCAGAAUUGGCCGCAACAGCAGCACAAGCAGCAGUCGACGGUGUCUAAUGUGAACAAGGAGCAGCUGAAACAAACGCUGAUCGAUUUGCUGAAUGACGCGCAGUUCUUUGACCAGAUCUACCACGCAUACGUGGACCGUACGAGUGAUGACGGUGACAAUCCGUUCACACGCUUUGCGUUUGCUUCGGUCCGAAACGAUAGCAGCACCAACGAUGGGAUCACGGCAGAGAUAACUGUUCAUCAGCCUGGAACCUCCAGCGCUAAACGCGCUAGAACCGAAGCGAAGAAGCACGAAAAGGCUUCUUCCAGCCGUCAGGAAAAGAUUAUUAAGACUGAGCGUAAGAAAUGCAGCGACGCAUCUCACCAGCUGCAACUGCAGUUACUAUUGGAGCUCUAUGAAGCAAGGAAAGACAUCGUGGACACACCCAUCGACAAGUUCGGAACGAAAAUGUGCGUAGCUCCUGGUGUGUCGAGCGCUAACGCCAAGCGCUUCCAGCUAUUGGUGGCGGCGUUGCUCAGCUCGCAGACUCAGGAUCCAAUCACGUACGCGGCGAUGCAGCGUCUGCAUCAACUCGGAGGGAGCGGCGAAGGGCUCACCAUUGCAACUGUGCAGGCCACAAGCGAAACAAAGUUGAGUGAAGUGCUCAAGCCGGUAGGUUUCUACCAUCGCAAGGCGCACCAACUCAAGCAAGUGGCUGCCAUCUUAAGCACGCGAUUCCACGGAGACAUUCCUCGUUCGUUGGAUGAGCUACUGGAGCUGCCAGGCAUUGGACCAAAGAUCGGCCGUGUCAUCACUUUGCUUGCAUGGGGACAAGUAGAUGGCAUUGUGGUGGAUACACACGUACAUCGCGUUGCUCAACGACUCGGCUGGGCAUCCACAUCCAGCCCUCAAGACACGAGGCGAGAUCUGGAAGAAUGGGUUCCUCGCGAAUACUGGGGUAGUCUUUCAUUCGCAGUCGUGGGCUUCGGCCAGACCGUAUGCACAGCAAAAUACCCUUUGUGUUCGACAUGUCCAUUAGCUGCAAAGUGCCCCAGUGCCUUCAAGGUCGACACAACAAACACCAAGAACAAGAACCAGAGCAAGAAGCGCUGCACUUAUGUGGCCAACACUUGA